AUGAAAGACGGAAACCAUUCUCCAUUAGCUAUUCAAACUAGCCUGUCUAGUGAUUACCUACGUGAUCGAAUAUUCCGUAUACAAUUGGACAGUGAGAAGUGUAAUCGCUCAACUGGCCCACGUGUUGCUAAUGAUAAUCAUUUCACAACAUCUAGUCAUAGUAAUAACACCAAUGGGACAUCAUCACGACGCCAGCCAUCAUCACUGUCACCAUCGAAUGGCUGUUUACAGACGCCAUCUACCGCCAACAAUACAAAUUGUUGCAACACAUCACCUGGUUCAAACAGAAGACGCCAAAUGGACCUAUUACUCUAUGGAUGGCAAGUUGUACAACAAGCUGUCCUAGAAGUAUUCCCCGACUCAAUUCAUCAUGUCCCGCCGGGAACACGUGUGUGUGCAGCGUGGAGUGAUAAGUUGGGAGUUAAUCUUUAUCCUGGAACAGUCGUUGAAGAUUCUUUUACAAAUUUAUGUGAAUUAGCUGAUAUAACCGGUGGUGAGCCUCACACAAUGAAGGGUCUGUCACCCUAUUUGAUCCCUUCAAAUUCUGUGAAUUGUGUGAGAAAUGAAGUUGUGUCACGAAUGCGCCGUCAUAGCGGUGUCGAUCGCAACAUUCGAAGAUUAUCAUAUAAUUCUUGGUCUCUGUCAGAAACUCCCAUUUCAUUGUGCUCGCCUCAAACAAGUACAAAUUCCAUAGCAAAUUCCACAUCUAGUUUACUCGACGACACUGCAUACGAACCAAAUCCGCGUGUCGUACGUACUAAAAGUUUUGAAAUCUGUGGAUAUUCGACUUCCUCAGACAUAACGAUGCGAUGCAAUCUUGAUUCGGGUGAAUCCGUUUCAAAUACUAUAUGCAUUCCAAGAACUAUAAAAACUCCUAUUAUUAGUAGAGGAGGCAACAUUGGUCCAUGGAGCAUCCUUGAAAAGGUAGGUGAUGAUGUUUUGGCCUUCCUGAAAACAAAUAAUUUCUCUUGAAGAGUGAGUGCAUGAUAUCCUCACUAGUUGUGAAUAAAUCACCAGUCAUAGGACAUUUCAACGGUGCAUAACGUGAAUGUCUUUCUCCUUUGGACUUCAGAAUAUUCAGAGCAGUUGUAGGCGAUCAGCAGCUUAGCUACUAUGAAAGAUAGGUCCAAUUGUGUUAAGAUGAGUCGGUUGACCGAAUGCCAUGGAUUGAGACUACAUACUCGCACACAGCUUCAUCACUGAGGCUUAUUCUUAUUUAGCCUUAGUGAAAGUCUCAUUCACUUAUUCUAACUGUUGAUAUUCUCACCUCUGUUACUGUAUCUUGAGGCUAAAGACUUCACCACGGGAUGUUUGUCAGAGGUGAAUCUGAUACUUCUGAUUGUUUAUCCGAAUAUGAGAUCUGUCGACAUAUAAUUUGCAGUUAGAAGUGGGUGAUGAAGCAUGGUGUUUCCUUGCCAGACUGUGAGCCAGCAAGGAAAUGUCAACUGUCGAUACUCGUAAUUAUUUAAAGAGCAUACAUGGUUGGAUCUUAUAAAGUCGAGGUUGAACAGUUAGUUGAGAUGAAUUUUUUGAAGAGACAUCUAAGUAUUGAUUUGCAUCCACAUUCAGGACUACAAAUAAUUUCCAACAGUCGAAGAUCAUGAUAACCUCGAGUGGAGUUCCAAUGGGAAGCGACGACGAGUGGGUGAUGGGUGCGAGCGUGACAUGCAGGAGAUGAUGCGAGGAGGAGAUGAGAGAUUAUGGUCAGUCGCGGAUGCAGCUGAAUUUGACGGCGGAAAAUAGAACAAAGUUGAGAUAUAUUGUUGAAGCUGCAUGCUCCACUCGGAACCCAAGUGAAUAAUGAUAAUGAUAAUAAUAGUAAUAAUAAGAUCACGGAAUGUUUGAUAUGUGGUUCGCUGCAUACAAUUUUUAAAUUAACAAGGCGUGAUUUGGAACUAUUCGCGCUGCAGUUCAAUUCUUCAGAGGGAAACUGAGAUAUGUUAAUCUUCUGUACUUUUCAUAUUCUGCGAAUGAAGGACCGAAAUUCGACGAAGGUGGUUAACCCACUUGAUUUGUAAAUAAUGACUGAGAAAGUCGGAAAGACUUACUCUUCCGUUGAGUUCAAAUGCUUGAUACUGUAGCUAACUUUGUAGAAAGUGAUUGCCUUCUACAUGAAAGUGCAUAUGGUCGCCCAGUUUUUCGUUUGUGUUCAUGACUAUUUGUUGUAUUGAGAUAUAAAUGAUAUUUAGAACCGACACGAUAUAGGGAGUAGUGUGGAGAAAAAAUGGCGUUCCAGAGAGUUGUUUGGUACUUUACAGUGCACACUUGUGAUCUGAUAUCGAAGGAAGUUUAGGUCUUGUUACUGUUAAACCCUUCGACCGUUAUUUAAUCUUCGUCAUUCACCCACUUCAUUCAACCUACUUAUUACACAGCUCAACUAUUCAUUGUUCAAAUAUCCGUCUUCAUAUAUUACUAACUUUUUAAAUUUCAAUCAUUUUCUUUCCUAGUGAAAAAUAGAGCUUCAAGCUUAAUAUUUGGAUUCUCAGUAGCAAUGAUUCUUGUAAAGGAAUGAUGUUUCCAGCCUUCUAAUCUUCCCCGCGUUACUGGGCUUACCGCCUGCUUAGCGCGAGAUAAGGGUUUGUGUCGACCGGUGGUCCAGCAGCGCCAGUAGUCGGAAAGUGUUCAAUCACUGAAUUAUUGACCCCAAAUGUCAAUUCGACUAGACCACUUUGGACCACACUAUCAUGUAUAACUUCUUAUUAUGACCCAUCGAGAAAUCUAGCGGAAAGACAUCGCUGUGUUUGAAGCUGUACAGCAUUUUUAGUUUGAAAUGGAAAUAAGUGUAUAUUAGUCAGGGCAUAUUCCCCGAGUGAUAAUUAAAUCAUAUUGAAUUGAGUAAAAUCUAAUCACUCCUGGAGACCUCUUCUCAGCAGUUAUAAAUAAUAGAAUCACAGAUAAACAUUCGCUAACAAUAUUUACUCCUUACUUCAUUCAAAAGAAGUAACUGAAGUGAUUAAUCAUGAUACCGAGUUUGUCAGUGUAAUACUUAUGUCAUCUGACAAUGUAUACGUACCCUGUAAAUCAUGCAUCCUUAUAGAGAAGCUAUUGCAUAUUCUACCUUUUUCCCAGAGUAGUACUGUAUACACCUAAUUAAUGAUUUUUAUUUAACGGAGUUGUUUAUCUUUUUACCAACUGACAAUUGGCGAUUCACAUGGUUGACGUGAAACAGUACAAACAUCGUAAACGCAGAU